CUGAUAAUCAGGUGGGGCGCAGCAUCCAUGUACAUCCCCUCACCCCCCUCCAUCCUCAUCUCAGGCGGCAAAACCCCUUCUCCAGACGGCGGCACCUACUCGUCCUCCCCCAACUCACCCGACGUCAUCCGCCUAUCCCUAUUAUCCAACUUCUCAACCUCCUCUGCGCCGUACGAGCUACUCAAUACCACCUCUUCCCCCGCAUACGCGUGGCACACCCUCUCGCUCACCUCAUACAACACCUCCGCUCUCUCUUUUGGCGGCGAUGGCGGCCCCUCCACGGCUUUACCAGCGGGAACCGACUCGUCCUGGCUGCUCUCGAUACCGGACGGGGCACCGCCGGGAUUCGCACAGCAGAGUUCGAGCUGGGCUAAUCAGCCUCAGAGGCGGAUCCUCCACUCGGCGGCGACAGGGCCGGAUGGUAUGGUCUAUAUCACCGGCGGACAGCGGAACGAUGGGUCGGGUCUGAUCCUGUCGGACGCAUACGCUUUGAACGCCAAUACAUCUACGUUCACCCCGCUUCCCAAUCUUCCUAGGGGGACGGCUCAUCACCUCUCCGCAUUCCUGCCAAACGGAACGCUUAUCGUCUUCGGCGGUAUCUAUACCUCGACCAUCACCGGGAAUCCAACGCUGAGCGAGACGAGCACGAUCUACAGCCUCGAUACGAAGGCGGCUACUCCGGCAUGG